CGAGCAUCCCUAGUCAAAACUCAAAAGUCAAGUAGGAAAAUACAGAGGAAAAGUUAAAAUUCCUUUCCUUCAAUUAUAAGUUUUUAUUUCUUUGUGCCGUAUUGCUUUGUAUUUGUUUAGACAGCUGACUUUAAGUAAUAAUCAGUUAACACUUUAUCAGAUUGUCCGUGGAAAUAUGUCUAGUAAUAGGACCGAUGAUGAAUUUUCAAAUCCUGAUAAUUUACCAGUAGAAAAAUUGACGUUCUCCGUAAAAAAUGUUGGUGUUAUUCAACAUGUGAAAGCUCUAGAUCCAUACUGGGUUGAAAAGAGGCAGUUGACAAUAUAUGAAAGACCUCCUUCGGGGAGUACCGUAGUUCUAGGAGCCGUUGAGGCAUGGAAGGUUAAAGCAGAAGCUUACCUUGCUGACAUCAAAUGGCUUCUUAGUUUACAACAUCAUAAGUUUUGGAGUACCAUUCUGUAUCAUUCACAAUGUAUGGAUGCCUUAGUGGCAUUCCUGCAGGAGGCAAACCCUCCAUACAUACCACCACAUGAGACCAGAGAAGUGCAGAAAAUUUAUGCGGAAAUAAGAAGGCUUGUUCUCAUUGUAUUUAGCAGAUUGGUUACUAAUAAAGAAAGUAAGUCGGAAUGGAUGAGCAAAGAAUUUAUGGCGAAUCUUAUAUAUGACAAUUUCAUCUUCACUAUCCCUAUAAUAUGGGACAUCUGUUUGGUGUACGGUGUGGAUAACAACAGGCAUGUGGCACGGUUACUUGAAAGUAUAUUCACUAUACAACCGAAGUAUGAGACGGAUGCGGCUGCAGCCAUCACGUUUGUUAAAGAGGCGUUUAAGUAUAUAAUCGUACAAGUGAACCAAGACUACGACAGUGAAGAACCACCGAAUCUUCCAGAAACGUUCAAGGGUUUCAGUGAGAUCCGUCGGCCGCCAAACACCAAGGGCCCGGAGAAACUCACCUUCAACUGUCUGAAGGAUCUGGUCAUCCAUAUGCUGGACACCGCCAUGACGCUCAGGGUAUUUGUGGAAGUGUACCCGGAUAGCGUUAAGAUAUUUAAGAAGACUAACUUUAUUAAUUGUAUAGUACAACUGUACGAAUACGGCGUUCCCCUCCUAUACGAGAAGCUCCAAGAGGUCGGUGACCCCACAAGCGUGACGAGUGUGGAAGUCGAGGCGUUUAUAGACUCGGCCCGCGCGGAACUAAUCGACAUAUUCAGGGAGGCUUUGGCCGUACACAAGAACGCUAUUUUUAGUGGCCAAGGUAACGUGUCUACCCACGUGGAACUAUAUCUGUCGCUUAUAAUGGACGGUCUGUCCGAGCGAUUGUUGAUGCGAGACUACCACGCUUGUUACCCGCUUCAAGACGAUAUUGACGCGCUCAAACAGGCCUACCCGCAAAUUGAUCCAGUUAAAACGGAUUUCAUUUUGCAAGCUAUUUAUUGCAAUCUUGACGAAAAUGCCCCGGAAAAUGGAAUGAUGAAUUAUAAUAGUGAGCCAAUCACCAACGGUCAUGUUGAGACCAUAGAGAACGGAGUUGCAGAUGGCCCAGGAACGUCUAGAGAGAACGAAAUACCGGACAGUGUAAGGGAGGAAUCUCUGAUAAGUGAAGUAAAGGACAUAUUGCCACACUUGGGGGAUGGGUACAUUUUGAAAUGCUUGCAACACUAUGGGUUCAAUGCUGCCAGAGUUAUAAAUAGUAUUUUAGAAGAUAAUUUAGCUGAGCCAUUGAAAGGUCUAGAUCAAAAUAUGCCCAUAAUUCCUGAAGACCCCGUCGAUAAGAAGUACUUAGAAACGGGCAUCCAAAGGCUGAAUGUAUUCGACGGCGACGAGUUCGAUAUAAUGACUCGCGAUGACGUGGACCUGUCCCGAGUGCACGUGGGAAAGAGACGGACACAGUAUAAGGACCUAAAGGAUAUGCUGGAUGAUAAGACAGCUGUGAAAAAACUAGCCGAUAUUUACAGCAAGUAUAACCUGGUGUGCGACGAAGAAGCGAUGUACUCGGACGAGUACGACGACACUUACGACUCGGACGGGGUCGCGCCCGUCGCCGACCAACAACACGAGGUGGGCCGGCCUCUGGUCACUCCUAGAGUACUGCAGACUGGCCGAGGGAGGCAGCACGAGGAGUCUGAAGACGAGUCAGAGGCGGCAGAACAGGAACAGCAGACAGCUGGAGGCGGCAGUAAACUGGAGUUCUGCGUCAACCCCGAACUGUUGCGCGCGCGCAGGGAACAGAACAGACCGACUCCCAAUAACUCACGCAGAAACGUGGACGUUACGGGCAAGCCUAAGGGCCAGGGUCAAGAGAAAGAUGUUUUAGUGAAUCGGGACCGCAAAGAAAAACACAAGUCUUCGCGGGCCAAUCACAAUAGGAGACAGGGCGCGCAAUGGAAGAGGAACCAAGGCUUGCUGCCUUCAUAGUUAAAUGAACUUUAGUGCUAACGACAUAAAGGCUCUUUUCCUAUGACAAUAUUAAACAGUUAUGAUUUUAGUAAGACGCUGGUUGUAAAGUUUCUUUAUAAUUAGCUGUCAACAUUUUAUUUAAAUAGGGUCUGAAAUUAGAAAACACAUCCACAAGAAAAACAAGCCUUCACGGGCCAACCAUAACAGAAGACAGGGCGUGCAAUGGAAGAGUAAUCAGGGCCUGCUGCCUUCAUAGCAAAAUAACUUUUAUUGCUUUCGACGUAGAGGCUGUUUUCCCAUGAAAAUAUUAAACAGCUAUGAUUUUAGUGAAAUAUGGGUUGUAAAGUUCAUUUUAAUUUUGCUGUCUACAUUUUAUUGAAAGAGGGUAUGAAAAUAGAACAGGACGAGUAAGGAAAAACACAAGUCUUCGCGGGCCAAUCACAACAG